UAAGGUGUCAGCAGUGCAGAAUUGCCGAGUCCGGUUGUCCGCUAUCGAUUUUCAACGCGAGAGUCUAGUGUCGGUUCCUUACACACAUUUAGUUUUAGUGCUCUGUCCUAUAUAUGUGAAACGCGUUUAGAAAUACAAUUUUUUUUCUUGAAUGGGAUUUUUAUAUAAAAGCCCAGUUGUUCACGGUGUGUGACUGUAGCCGGUGUCAAGAUGACCAAGGAUAGAUUGGCGGCACUUGUCGCUGCCCAAAGUGACGAUGAUGAUGUCGGUCCUGAUGAUGUCUCCGUCACCGUCGAAAGCAGGGACGGAUUCAUGGAUGCGUUUUUCGCGGAGGUGGAAGAGAUACGUGAUAUGAUAGAUAAAAUUCAGGCGAAUGUUGAGGAGGUCAAGAAAAAACAUAGUGCCAUUUUGUCCGCCCCGCAAAGCGAUGAGAAAACUAAGCAAGAAUUGGAAGACCUUAUGGCCGAUAUCAAGAAAACUGCCAACAAAGUUCGUGCCAAGUUAAAACUGAUAGAACAAAACAUAGAACAGGAAGAACAAACAAACAAGUCGUCGGCGGACCUUCGGAUAAAGAAAACGCAGCAUUCCACGCUGUCUAGGAAGUUCGUAGAAGUAAUGACGGAGUACAACCGAACACAAACGGAUUACAGAGAACGGUGUAAAGCUAGAAUACAACGGCAACUGGAGAUCACGGGUAGACAAACGACGAACGAAGAAUUGGAAGAAAUGUUGGAACAAGGAAAUCCGGCGGUGUUUACGCAAGGUAUCAUAAUGGAAACGCAACAGGCGAAGCAGACACUCGCCGACAUUGAGGCAAGACACGCGGAUAUUAUCAAAUUAGAGAAUUCUAUUAGGGAACUGCACGAUAUGUUUAUGGAUAUGGCAAUGUUGGUGGAGAAUCAGGGCGAAAUGAUUGAUCGUAUCGAGUACCAUGUAGAACACGCAGUGGAUUACGUGCAAACGGCCACCCAGGAUACCAAAAAGGCCCUCAAGUACCAAAGCAAAGCUAGACGGAAAAAGAUCCUGAUAAUAAUCUGCUUGAUAGUGGCUCUCAUCAUUUUAAUUAUUCUUUUAGCGACAUUAUUACCGAAAAAAAGAUCCUGAUCAUUAUCUGCUUGAUAGUGGCUCUCAUCAUUUUAAUUAUUAUUUUAUCAGUAGUGAUACCCGGUUAGAAAUAAUAGUAAUAAUCUUCCAUCGUUUUAAUUACUCUCAACAGUGUUUUAACACAAAUUAUCGAUAUUAUUAAACAAAAAUGUUGCAAAAAUAUAUUCUGGUAAAUCUAUUAAAGUUUUGCAAUAUACAUCGUAGCACAGAUGGAUUAUAAUAAUAUGCUGCCACACCAUAACAUUUGUAUUUAAAAACUAAAUAUUAACUAAAUAGAUGAAUCGAAGGCCAAAUUAAUAAUUGCUUAGGUUAAAAAAAAUUAUAAUAUAUAAAACUUGCAGAAAAAGCUUAGGUAAUAUAUCUCAUAAGUAUAUCGUUCGAAAUUAUCCAAGUUAUCUAAGCAAUAAAAGUAUAAUACUAAAAGUUAAAAAAUAAUUAAAUUAAAACAACACCGAUGCGGGUCAGCUAGAUGAUUAUUAUUAUUAAAUGGUGGUUAUUAGCUAAUUAAAGUGUAUUUGGAAUUUUAUGGUAUAUUAGUGCAUUUUUGUCAAGUAUGUUUUAGUUAUGUUUGUUCUUGUUUGUAAUAUACAUUGAUGAUACCAUAUUUUUUCAAAAACAACAUAAAUGUAUAUAUUUGUAAUUAUUGUAAAAUUAUAAUUACAAUGUUUAAUACUAGUAGUUACAAAUAAACUUCAAAAAAUCAGUAAAUGCGAAAAGGAUUAAAAAGCACUACAGAAUCAUAUUUUGACAGCCAGUUACAGGUUUUCCAGAAUUUUCCUUGCAUAUACAACAAAUAGGAACGUGCUUUUAUUAAUUAUUAUUUUUAAUUUUAGUAUUUUUAGUACACCUACUUAAUUUAAAUAAUUAUGGUAGAUUUUUUAAUGUGAUAAAUAACGAUUAAGUAAACGUACUGAUUUUUUUUCUAGUGAUAAUUAUCACGUUAUUGGCAUUAGUUUUAUUCAUUAAGAAAGAUCUACCACUGUUUUUCUCUUAUUGUUUUAUAGUUUAUGUUUUUUCCUCUUUUUUUUAAUAAUUUCCACAGCUUUGUAUGAAAUUAUUUAUUAUCAACAAUUAAA